CCGACAUUUCUGUGUCUCAGGUACACGUAAGCUGUGUCCCUUGUGGUGGGCGUUUUUGGAGCUACUCUCACACUCUGUCUCUCACACACAGAAACGAUGCUCUCAUUCUCAUAGUCACGCCCCUUAACCACCUUCUCUCCUCCUCCUUCCAUUCUCAGCCAGGUGGUUAUGUCCUCUUUUGCUAGCCAUUUCACUGGAGCAGAACCCAUUUACAACUUCUUGCUCUGGGAGACUAAUAUUUCUUUACCUGUAUUCUAUAUAGCAUCCACACUAAUACCCAUUUCGUAAAUUACCUUAAAGAUUAUUUCUUUCCCCUUUUCAUUUCAUAUUUACGGAUCUGCAGCUCAGCUUACUCACUGUCUCCUUUACGAAUUAUGGCUUGUGUCCUUUAUCUGUUUGAUUAUACAUCAACAUGGGAACGGGUUAAUACUUUCAGUUUUUGUGCUUGGAAAGAUUGGAAUAAGCAAUUGCUGCAGAUAAUUGAAAGGGGUACACCCAUUGUAAGAGUCGAGUAUGUUGAAGCAAUCACCUAGUAGAAACCAGAGGUCUAAAGGCUUUAAAGUGAAGCAUUUUCUUCAGAUAUGUUUGUUACUUGCCAUUUGCAUUUGGCUGCUUAACCAACUCAAGCACUCCUAUGAUAAGAAAAAGGCAUAUGAUGAUAGCACUGGAAACAUACUAGAAAAGGUGCAAAGUGAGCAUGAAAUUAUAAAACUUGGGCGGAAGGACCUCCUUCCUCGAGUUGAUGAAGCAACUUUGGAGGGUGAAAGUCGAGGUGAUAAAGCAGAAUUGGAAGAAGAUAUUGAAGAGCUUAAAGCUGAUGACAUUGACGAUGAUGGAAGAGGUGGUGGAGAUGAUGAAAUAGAUGGACAUGAUCAAGAGAGAGCAGAAGAGGAAGAAUCUGAGGAAGUAGAAGAUCUCAUUGAUGUGGAUGAUAGGGAGAGGGAUGUGGGAAAUGAAGAGCAAGAUAGUGAAGAGAUGGGCGAUCAACUUGAGGAUUUUGGUUCAAUAAAUCAUCAAGCCCAAAAUGAAGGUGAAAAGAAUUCUCGGGAGGCAAGAGAGGAACAUUACAAGGGUGAUGAUGCUUCCAGUUCUGUGGUACACAACACCCAAACGCUAAGCUCUGAAUUUCAGAUUGCAGGUCUGAGAAAGAUAAAAGUAAUAAUUGGACCAAGUGAUGGUGGAAUUGUAUCUAGUGAAGAAAAAGGUGAUGAGUUUAUUUCAGCCAAUUCAUAUGCUGGCUCAGAUUGUAGUUCACUUGCUGAGGCAGUGGCAAAUGAGAAACCAAAAGUUAAAUUUAAUUCAAAAUCAAUUGAUUCUGGGGUAGCCACCAUUUCCAAGUCUAUGGUAACUGAACAGAUUAUGAAACGUGAUGCUGCUGGAGUACCAGAGGGAAACAAUGCUUUUACAAACCUCAACAAGAAUAAUGGCACUGCUGCUAAUGAGGGUUCAGAAUCUGUUGCAAAUGAAAGAGCGGAGACUGCAGAGAAAAAGCUCAGCAUCAAUGACAAUUAGUGAGGAUAUAUGUUUUACAAAAAUGAGUACUUUGACUUGCACAAGUCCUAAUUCUACCCAAAGGAUAGAGAAGGACUAGAGAUAAUGAAGAAAUGUAGAUGAAGCAGAAUGACACAUCUUAAACGAUCAUGUUAUAGGUUCACCCACUUGGGGGUGUUGAGAUUUCAAGUCCUUCGACAUUUUUAGAGUUUGCCUGUAGCGGUGUAAUUGUACAUAUAUAUGCUCCUUUUUAUGAUUCAAGUCCAUUAAUGCCA